AGAUAAGAGACUAUGGCUGGGGGCAGUAGGACGGAAAGGACGGGUGAUCAACUCCAUUAUCAACCAAAGAUAAUUCUACCAAGGUGAUAUUUCUUACAUCAUGAAAACCUCUAAAGAGGUGACAAGUGACAAAUGAGAAGGGAAAAAAAGGAGAAAAGUGUAAACAACGUAACAAAAUAAAGGAAUACAACAAAAGAUCGUAAAGUGCAGGUUUUACUGAUAAAACAUUCCUUGUGUAACGUACAUUUGUAAAAACUGUACAGUGUACAACUCUGAGACGGACGGACCGGGACGGCAAUAGGAUCAGAACUGUAAAGGACGGGUCAGGAGAAGGGUUUGCUCUAGGAUGGUUAAAACACUGGAGCAUACUGAGAGCAGUCUCUCCGUUCUAUCAUUUGGAAAUGAAGAUAUUUGUAGUUUCUCGGACUUCCCUCAACGAACCACAAGGAUUGCAUUGGCUGCUGCUGGAGCUGUUUCUACCAACCCUCUCAUAUCUCAUCCAUUAAAUUUCAGAGAACACAAGUUUAUCAUGAAGAUUGAACAGUUUAGUGAACGAGCUGGGAACAAACUAGUUAUUAAAUCUACAAAGGCGAGUAUAGAUGUAGGUUUGGAGAAUCCUACUCGCUGGUGUUUGUUGCUCUAUCCUAACGGGAACCAGGAGGAUAGAGAGGGGUUUGUAUCCUUGUAUCUCUACAGGUGGGACAAGCAGUUGACUCCUGUACCUGCAACCUUCACCUUUGCUAUCCUAAACUCAUACCAGGAGAAGGCUUUCGUCGUAGAUGUCAACGAACGGAAGAUGUUUGGGCAUGCUCCGGGCAAUUCUAAGAGUUUGGGAGCUCCGAAAUUUGUUUCAAGAAAGGACCUUUUCGACGAAACCUACGGACUUCUUAAUCAGGAUACUCUGACUGUGAUAUGCGAAUUGAACGUGUUCAUCGAGAAACAAGAUUUUAGUGUGAUAGAGCGUCCAGUUACAUUUAGGAAUUAUGUGGAUGAGCUUCAUUUCCUGAAUUCCUCUCUAGAAGAUGAGAAGAAGAAAGGACGGGGAACACCUACAGUUGGACUCUUUAAUCCUAUGCGGUUCCUACACUCCAUGGAAGCAUGGAGGAAAGUAGAAACUGAGGUGUGAAUGCAUGAAGAAAAAGACAAGAAUAAAAAAUAUCUUUCUUGGAGAAACCAAAGGUUCAGUGAUUUUGAACCAAGCCAUUAUGAAUUAGUGAAUAAGUGAACUCAGUGUUUAGACCGAAAAUUGAUUAUCUUUUUAUUUGGAACUGAGAUAAUGAUGCUUAAGUGAACUGGAGAGAAUAAAGCCAAAAGAUCUGAAGCAAUUCAAACCUAAAACCAUGAAACCUAUCACACCAAAAAGGGCGCUAAAGAAAUAAAAAUAAUGUUAUAUUCUGAAAAAUGAUAAAAAAUAAUAACACUGAAUGAAAACAUCAUGUGUUGUUCUGAAACCCAGAAACAAGAAACCGGAAAUUCCAUCCCCCAGGGUUAAAAGAUAUGUGAGUUUACCGGAGAUCUUUAUCAAUCUAUCUCCGGAUAUAGUUGAAUAUACGGCUCUAUGGAAGAAGGUAUUCUGAACCCUAUCCUGAGAUAUCUUAAUCUUGAAUACUGGACCUUGUCCUGAGAUAUCUCUAUCCUGUAUACUGAAUCCUAUCCUGAGAUAUCUUUAUCCUGUAUACUGAAUCCUAUCCUGAGAUAUCUUUAUCCUGUAUACUGAACCCUAUCCUGAGAUAUCUCUAUCCUGUAUUCUGAACCCUAUCCUGAGAUAUCUCUAUCCUGUAUUCUGAACCCUAUCCUGAGAUAUCUCUAUCCUGUAUUCUGAACCCUAUCCUGACAUAUCUUUAUCCUGUAUACUGAAUCCUAUCCUGAGAUAUCUUUAUCCUGUAUACUGAAUCCUAUCCUGAGAUAUCUUUAUCCUGUAAACUGAACCCUAUCCUGAGAUAUCUCUAUCCUGUAUACCGAACCCUAUCCUGAGAUAUCUCUAUCCUGUAUUCUGAAUCGUAUCCUGAGAUAUCUCUAUCUUGUAUACUGAACCCUAUCCUGAGAUAUCUCUAUCUUGAAUUCUGAAUCCUAACCUAAGAUAUCUCAUCCUGUAUUCUGAACGCUAUCUAGAGAUAUCUAUCUCUAUCCCCUGAUGAAGGAGUCCUGGCAAUAUUGCAACUGGAGCACAAGGGUGUAGAAUUAAGUUUGAAUAGGAGACGGAUUGUAUGGAAUCAUGCAACGGAUUGAUGCUUACCGCGCCAGCUCAGGAUAGAAGGAAGUAUUGGUGGAUCUAUCAAACCUUUUUCAGUUCUUGAAUAUCUCAUUCUUGAUUGUCAUUUAAUCUAGCUUGAAGUUUCCAGCCCUAGCAUGUUUUCCGGUUUCAGGCUCAAUCAGAGUUCUAGCUAUUUCUCUGGCUUUAGUUUUUGGUAACGCUAUUUCUCUAGCUCUAGCUCUAUUUUAAGCUCUAGGUCUGCUUUCAGCACUAUCUCUUUUUCUAGUUUGAGCUCUAUUUCUAGUUCUAGCUUGAGCUCUAGCUUAGGUUCUAGCUUGAGCUCUAGCUCCGGUUCUAGCUCGAGCUCGAGCUCUAGUUCUCGCUCUAGGUAGCUAUUGCGUUAGUUCAAGCUCUAGCUCAGUUCCAGUUUUCUCCUAAUAUAAGUAUUCUAAAAACUAGCCCAAGUUCACCCUGUAAUGUCUCGUUCCAGUUUCAAUUUUGGUUCCUGUUUUAUUUCUAGUUCCAGUUCCAUUUUAAGUUUCAGUUCCUAUCCCAAUCCCAUUUCCAGUUCCAAUUUGAAUUCCAUUUUUAAUUCCAGUUCCAAAUACGAGGCAUUGUAGAUUAAACAGCCUUUCAUGUACUGUUGCCUGGGCAUUAAUGUAAAUAAACAAUCUGCAGUACACUUGCCUUUAUCUUGCAGACAAACUAGUAAAAUAUUAUCUAUUAUUGUAAACACACUCUUGCCGCACAAUUUGUAUAAAAAAAUAUUUCAAUAAUGGAACCAACCUGACGAAUUAUGGGUCAAACCAUUUUUAUCCAUUUUCUCAUUGAACCUCAGUUUUAUUUGUUUAAAUCACCCCAGUAUACAAAAUAUAUGCAUCCAUAUACAACUCAAUUGUGGAGCAUGUUGGUUCAUUAUUUUACAUCAUUUUUAUUUUUCUGACAGUUCAUUCUACUUUUCUAAACUUUUUUAAUGUUCCAUGACUACUGUUGUAGUUUUAAUUUUUAAGGAAUUGUUCAGUAAUCUAAAAUUACAAUUUAUCAUUUAUCUAAAUUUAGGAACACAUGCCUAGCUGUCUUACUGCUAUUUUUUUAAAUGUAAAUUUUUUCUUUAAUUUUUAUACAAAGAUUGUAAACCACAUUACCAUAAAAACUGGUUUACAGACGUACACCUUUCAGUAUUAAUAAAACCCCAUAUUUUCUGUAACACACCAGUUGGAUUAUGUAAAUUAGUGCUAAAAUGUUUGUGAAAUGUUCUUAUUUCUGGCUAUUUAUAUAAUAAAAUUUGUAAAAAUUAGUUGAAACUAGAUUUUCAGGUUUUAUAAAAUAUUAUUUAUAUUCAAGAUAUUCUUGUUAAUCCAGAAUUUCUGGUUAGUCCGGAUAUUAUGCAGGGUUAGUUCAGAUAUUCUGGUUAUAUCCAGAUAUUCAAGUUAGUCCUGAUAUUCUGGUUAGUCCAGAUAUUCUGGUUAGAUCAGAUAUUCUGGUUAGUCCAGAUAUUUUGGUUAUAUCCUGAUAUUCUGGUUAUAUCCUGAUAUUCUGGUUAGUCCAGAUAUUCUGGUUAGUCCUGAUAUUCUGAUUAGUCCAGAUAUUCUUGUUAGUCCUGAUAUUCUGGUUAGUCCUGAUAUUCUGGUUAGUCCAGAUAUUCUGGUUAGAUCAGAUAUUCUGGUUAGUCCUGAUAUUCUGGUUAUAUCCUGAUAUUCUGGUUAGUCCUGAUAUUCUGGUUAGUCCAGAUAUUCUGGUUAGAUCAGAUAUUCUGGUUAGUCCUGAUAUUCUGGUUAGUCCUGAUAUUCUGGUUAGAUCAGAUAUUCUGGUUAGUCCAGAUAUUCUGGUUAGUCCAGAUAUUCUGGUUAGUCCAGAUAUUCUGGUUAGUCCAGAUAUUCUGGUUAUAUCAGAUAUUCUGGUCAGUCCUGAUAUACUUGCUAAUCCUGAUAUUCUAACUAAUCCUGAUAUUCUAACUAAUCCUGAUAAUCCGGCUAAUCCCAAUAAUACGGCAAAUCUUGACAUUCCGGCUAAUCCUGAUAUUCCGGCUAGUCCGGAUGAGUCCAGAUGGUCUGGCUUUAAUCAAAAAUAAUUAUACAAGAUUUUCAACCAAAUCGUUAAGUUACUAUUUUGAAUUAAAAAAUAUUCGUGCAUUCACUGGAACAAAACUGAAAUAAAAUUUAAAACAAUAAAA